CGCCGCUGUCGCUGUCUCUGCUCAGCCGCCGGGCCUCGGCGCGAUAAACCCGGGACGCGAGAUCACGGGAAACCGGGAUCUGGUUAAAGAAUUAAAUCCCGUUUCCUGUCCGCCGGCGCCGGGACGAGACCGGCCCUACAGUGUAGUUAAAAAUGUGCUGUGAAAUAAAGAGGAGGUUUUUGCUGCUUUAUGCAACACAGAAGGGACAGGCAAAAGCCGUAGCUGAGGAAAUAUGCACGCAGGCAGACGCACAUGGAUUUGAAGCUGAUAUUCACUGUAUCAGUGAGUCUGACAAGUAUAAUCUGGCAACAGAAAAGGACCCUCUUGUUAUUGUUAUUUCCACUACUGGUACUGGAGACCCUCCAGACACAGCUUGCAAGUUUGUUAAGGAAAUUAAAAACAAGACCCUGCUACCUGAUCAUUUUGCACAUCUACGUUAUGGAUUGUUAGGUCUGGGAGAUUCUGAAUACAUGUUCUUCUGCAAUGGUGGGAAGGUAGUAGACAAACGACUCCAGGAACUCGGUGCACAGCAUUUCUAUGAGACUGGACUGGCGGAUGAUUGCGUAGGUUUGGAAAUAGUGGUUGAGCCAUGGAUUGAUGGGCUUUGGCUUGCCCUCAGAAGAGAGUUUACGUCAUGGAACAUAAAAGAAGACAUGAGCAACAAUCUCAGGGCUGUGUCUAAUGGUGUCUCUGCAAUGACUGUAGUCCCAACCAUGUCAGGAAUAUGCAGCUUAGACUCAGAAAUACAGCAUUUGAAGCUAGAAGAUUUAGAAGUGAAGGCUACUGAUGCUUUAUCCCAAAAACCAGCUAAUGUUCAUUCUGUAGUGUCCGUUCAAGAUACUGAAGCUUCACUUGAUCGAUCAGUCCCUCCUCUUUCACAGUCUGCUCUUAAUAUUCCUGCUCUGCCAUCAGAAUAUAUAGAUGUACAGUUUCAGGACGGCACUGGCCAGGAACUCGGUGUGUCCUCAUUGAUUUCAGAUGGUAUAGUCUUCCAUGUUCCAGUGACCAAAGCAGUUCAGCUCACUAGGGAAGAUGCAGUAAAAACAGCUUUGCUGUUAGAACUUGAUAUUUCAAAAACAACAUUUUGCUACCAACCUGGAGAUGCCUUCUGUGUCAUAUGCCCCAACAAUCCCAAGGAGGUGCAAGAACUUCUUCAUAUCUUGGGACUUUCAGAAAGGAAAGAGUGCGUUGUUUGCUUAAAGAUUAAACAAGCCACUAAAAAGAAAGGAGCAGCUCCAGAGCAUAUACCUAAAGGAAGUACUGUGGAAUUUAUUCUUACCUGGUGUCUGGAAAUAAGAGCAGUUCCCAAAAAGGCAUUUUUGCGAGCUCUUGUAGAAUACACCAGUGAUGCCAGAGAAAAGCGAAGGCUUCAGGAGCUGUGUAGCAAACAAGGAGCCUCUGAUUACAGUAAUUUCAUUAGAGACCCAAGUAUCUGCUUGUUGGAUUUACUCCAUGCUUUUCCAACAUGCAAACCUCCACUUAACCUGCUGAUAGAACAUCUUCCUAAACUCCAAGCCAGGUCCUAUUCAGCUUCCAGCUCCAAUUUAUUUCAACCAGGAAAACUGCAGUUUGUUUUUAAUGUUGUGGAGUUUCCAUCCUCCCCAUCUCGACUGGUUUCACGAAAAGGAGUGUGUACAGGUUGGCUCGCUGAGUUAGUUGCACCAAUGCUUCAGCCACAUAAAAAUUCUCUACGCACAAAGGAAGAAAAAUUAUCAGCUGUAAAGGUCUCUAUUUUUGCUCGUCCAGUCAACACUUUCCACUUACCUUCAGAUCCAUCUGUCCCUUUUAUGAUGGUGGGUCCAGGAACGGGAGUUUCACCUUUUAUUGGUUUCCUGCAACAUAGACAGAAACUCCAAGAAGAGCAUACGGACUGGAAAUUUGGAGAGACAUGGCUGUUUUUUGGCUGCCGACAUCAGGACAGAGACUACUUAUUCAGAGAUGAGCUCAGAAGUUUUGUUGAAAAUGGCACAUUAACUCAUCUUAAGGUUUGUUUCUCAAGAGACCCUUCAGCUGCAGCAGAAAAAAAACCAACUAAAUAUGUGCAGGACAACAUUCGACUUUGUGCUAAAGAGGUUGCCAGAGUCCUGCUGAAGGAGAGAGGUUGUUUCUAUGUAUGUGGAGAUGCGAAGCACAUGGCUAAAGAUGUGAAUGAUACUUUAGUGGACAUUUUAAGCUCUGAUGCUGGAGUUGACAAAUUGGAAGCAAUGAAAACCCUGGCUACAUUACGACAAGAAAAACGCUAUCUACAGGAUGUCUGGGCCUAAAUGUGUGACCUCUGUGCCUUUGCAAAACAAAGACUGUUAGAUAAUUUUCACCGUAUAUACUGUAUGAAGACUCCGCUGAUUCUUUGGAUUACUAUUAUUUCAACUUCACUUAAGUAAAUUCUCUCUUAAAAGCAGCCAAUUGAUAAUUUAAAAAAAAAAUUUCUCUAGUCAUUUAAUUCUUGAUCAUUCCUACUGAUCUUUUGAAUGGCAUUUAAAACCUUUACAACAACAACAACAACAAAAUGGAACCUAUGAGUCCUCAAUUUGUAGCAGUAUUACCAAGUAGAUUCUCAUGGAGCUCCAUUCCUCCAAUUUAAUAAUGGUAUACUUUGAAAAUAAACUUCUGCAUUUAUAUAGUAUACAAUAUUAUAUAUAUUAUCGUAUACAGCACACGUAAUGUUACUUAUUUAGUUGUACUGUUUAUCACGUACAUCUUAUUGCCAAGAUUUAGUUGAACAUAUUACAUGUAAGUAUUUUGAAGGAAUUUUUCUUUGCCUUAUAACAUAUGACACAAGUUGCAAACAAUAAAUAUUUAAAAUAUUGUCAAGGAAUUCUGGGCACAAUAACUCCCUCAUUAGAGGAGGGUUUGGAACAAAUUGAUAAACUAAACGGUAAUAAGUCACCAGGACCAGAUGUUAUUCACCAAGAGUUCUGAAGGAACUCAAAUGUGAAAUUGCAGGACUACUAACUGUCAUCUGUAACCUAUCAUUUAAAUCAGCUUCUGUACCAAAUGACUGGAGGAUAGCUAAUGUGAUGCCAAUUUUUAAAAAGGGCUCCAGAGGUGACCCUGGCAGCUACAGACCAGUAAGCCUCGCUUUAGUACCAGGCAAAUUGGUUGAAACUAUUGUAAAGAACAAAAUUGUCAGACACAUAGAUGAACAUAAUUUGUUGGGAAGUCAACAUUGUUUUUGUAAAGGGAAAUCAUGUCUCACCAAUCUACUAGAAGUCUUUGAGGGGGUCAACAAGCACGUGAGAUGGAGAUCCAGCGGAUAUAGUGUAUUUAGAUUUUCAAAAAGCCUUUGACAAGGUCCCUCCCCAAAGGUUCUUAAGCAAAAUAAGCAGUUAUGGGAUAAGAGGGAAUGUUCUCUCAUGGAUUGGUAACUGGUUAAAAAAUAGGAAACAAAGGGUAGGAAUAAAUGGUCAGUUUUCAGAAUAGAGAGAGGUAAAUAGUGGUGUCCCCCAGGGAUCUGUACUGGGCCCAGUCCUAUUUAACAUAUUCAUAAACAAUCUGGAAAAAGGGGUAAACAGUGAGGUGGUAAAAUUUGCAAAUGCUACAAAACUACUAAAGCUAGAUAAGUUCUAGGCAGACGAUGAAGAGCUGCAAAAGGAUCUCACAAAACUGGGUGUCUGGGCAACAUAACGGCAGAUGAAAUUUAAUGUUGAUAAAUGCAAAGUAAUGCACAUUGGAAAACAUAAUCCUAACUGUACAUAUACAAUGAUGGUGUCUAAAUUAGCUGUUAUCACUCAAGAAAGAGAUCUUGGAGUCAUUGUGGCUAGUUCUUUGAAAUCAUCCACUCCAUGUGCACCAGCAGUCAAAAGAGCGAACAGACUGUUGGGAAUCAUCAAGAAAGGGAUAGAUAAUAAGACAGAAAAUAUCAUUUUGCCUCUAUAUAAAUCCAUGGUAUGCCCACACCAUGAAUACUGUGUGCAGAUGUGGUCGCCCCAUCUCAAAAAAGAUAUAUUGGAAUUGGAAAAGGUUCAGAAAAGGGCAACAAAAAUGAUUAGGGGUAUGGAACAACUUCCAUAUGAGGAGAGAUUGAUAAGACUGGGACUUUUCAGCUUGGAAAAGAGGCAACUAAGGGAGGAUGUGAUAGAGGUCUAUAAAAUCAUGAGUGGUAUAGAGAAAGUAAAUAAGGAAGUGUUAUUUACUUCUCAUAAUACAAGAACAAGUGGCCACCAAAUGAAAUUAAUAGGUAGCAGGUUUAAAACAAACACAAGAAAGUAUUUUUUCAUGCAACACUCUGUCAACCUCUGGAACUCCUUGCCAGAGGGUGUUGAGAAGGCCAAUACUAUAACGGGGUUCAAAAGGGAGCUAGAUAGAUUCAUGGAAGAUAGGUCCAUCAAUGGCUAUUAGCCAGGAGGGGCAGGAAUAGUGUCCCUAGCCUCUGUUUGCUAGAAGCUGGGAUUGGGUGACAGGGCAUGGAUCACUUGAUGAUAACCUGUCUGUUCAUUCCCUUUGGGGCACCUGCCAUUGGCCACGGUCAGAGGACAGGAUACUGGGCUUGAUGGACCUUUGGUCUGACCCAGUGUGGCCGUUCUUAUGUUCUCCACCUCCAAGCUUUUCUAUGAAUAUUGAUAUUUGAGUGAUGAAGUAAUGGGUUUACAACAUUUUGCAGAUACUCGGAAACACUGGCUGAUAUUGAGUAGGUUUUCCCAGCUAACUCAUGCGAAAUAUCUUUAAUUCAUUCCUUUAAACUCUGCUGGCUUAAUUCUAGGCCUUUCCUAACAAAUCUGACAUUUGUGCUAAAUUUUGUUGGAUAUAAUUAUUGCAGCUUGAGAUAGGAAUACCAAAUUAUUAUUAUAUUUUCUGAAAUUAGGUAAUUUGAAACUCAUUUUACAGCCUUAAAUCUUUUGCUUCCUCAGAAAAAUCUGGAUUACUACCACCAAAAUAAAUUUUUCCAAAUUCAGGUAGAAAAAUCCAUCCUCUGCCUAACAGGGAUGCUCAAAGGACAAAAAGCUCUUUUCUUCCUCAUUUCAACUGUCUUUACUUUUACCUUUCUUCAACUCACCACUCCCUUUGCUCCCUCUCCUUUUAACUCAUGACUCAUAAGUCCCCACUUCUUUUGGUUCCUGCCCAUCUUUCUCCCCAAGAUUAGACCCUUAGAGGAAGAGACAAAGGGGAAGAAAUAUUUCUCAGUUGUGGCAUUGCUCAAGUAUUCUUGUUAGGGAAAAUUCCAUUUUUACUCUGUCCUACACAUAAAGCAGCACUUUGUAUUCUGAUUCUAGUUUUAUAAUGUUUGCCACUGUGGUAUUUGAGCUCAGUAUAGGCAGAGGGAGCAGUUGGGGGAAAAUGUGAUAAUCAGAAUAAAAUCUCAGUUUUUUUAAAAAAGAAACUGCAAUUAACUCUAAUUAAAAUUAAAUUUUAUUAAAACUUUGACAUAAUUGCAAAGUAGCAAUUAUUUAAAAGAUCAAUAGAAAAGCUCAACUAAAAUUUUACAUACCAAGCUUUAUAGAAAAAGGUUCUAAUGCUCCACAAAGAGGACAUGAUGGAGAUAUAUGUAAUAAAAACUAUUAAAAUAUCAAUACAAUGUAAUUUGGGAUUCAACAUGUAAAAUGAAACACACACACACAAAAGUAAAAGAAAGAAAGAGACCUA